AUGCUCGAGUAUUUCUCGUAUAAGAAGGUGAAGAAACACCGCGAACAGAAGGCUGAGAAGCUGCGCUUAGAAGAGGAGAAGAAGACAUCUAACAAGGAGGAUGAGACGACCAAAGAGCCUGGUGCUGUCGGCUCGGUAAAAGCAGGUAGUAAUGUCGAGAUUACCAGUUCCGUAUCGCCCAAGACGUCCCCUCCCCAUCCCGGCUCCUCAGUGGCUGCUCAGCGACUCUCAGUGGAUGAAGAAGGUGUGUCUGUCCUCGACCCAGAGGACGAAAGGUUCCUCGAACGUCUCACUUCCCCGUCAGAUCUCAGCGUCAAUGACAACGACGCCGAUGACAACGAGACCCCGCCUCCGCUACCCCCGCGCGUCAAGACCCCCGUGAUAGAGCUAGACAGCGACGACAGCUCUAGCUUCGCCGGUAGGGACGGUGGCAGCGGCGAUAAUAAGAAUUCCGAUAAAGCCGACGGAAAGGGAAAAGAAAAGGUUAAAGUUAAAGUUAAGCCGGACGAUGAUGGCAACGACAAGAAAGACGACAAACCGAAGCGCUUCUCUUUCGUAACCAACCUGCCGCGAAGCCUAUCGCUGAGGCACAAGUCCAAACCGAACAAGAAGGAUCAACAGCAGAAGGACCAACAGCAUCUUACUGUCCCCGGUACCAAGGACACGGGGGACGAUGAGCGCGAGGAGCGCAAAGAGGAGGCAGACAUGGCACGCGUGCUCGACGACCUGAAUCUGAGCAUGUCGGCAGAGAGUGGGCGUGCAUUCUCUCUAUCGCGCGAGUCGGCCGAGACGCUGCGCCGCUUCACGCAGGUGCUCCGGGACCUAGCGAAUGGCGUACCGACAGCGUACGACGACCUCGUUGCACUGAUCCGCGAUCGCGACGGGACGAUCGCGCGCUCGUACGAGCGCCUGCCACGCAGUCUCAAGAAGCUCGUCGCCCAGCUUCCGGACAAGCUAACGUCAGCGUUGGCGCCGGAGCUGCUCGCGGUGGCUGCAGAGGCCCAGGGGCUCUCGAAAGACAACGAGACGAAGGACGGCAACGCAUUCGACAAGCUCCUAAGCCCCGGGAACCUGCUGGAGCUGGUGACGAAGCCGGGCGCCGUGGCUGGCCUGCUCAAGGGCAUCGUCAACGCGCUAAAGACGCGCUGGCCUGCGUUCGUCGGCACCAACGUGUUGUGGAGCGUCGCCGCCUUCCUACUUCUGUCCGCGCUGUGGUACUGCUACAAGCGCGGGCGCGAGACGCGGCUUGAGAGAGAGAAGGCUGAGGCUGAGGCCGCGCAAGACAAGGCCGGCGAAGGAGCAGGUGGCGAGGGAACGACCGCGGCGGUGGCCAUAGAAGGCGAGGGCGAGGGGGUCACUGGGACCCUAGCGUCGUCGGCGUCGGCGCCGUCACCACCACCGGAUGGGAAGUGA